AUGAGACCUUUCGUCUGUAUUUUGGUGGUGUUGGCCGCCUUAGCUGCUUGCGGCCAAGCACACACAAUUCAAAAACGCUCCCUGGGCUCAUUGUUGGGCGGUUUGGGAGGCGGUGGAGGUGGUGGCGGUUUAGGCGGUGGAGGCGGUGGCUUUGAUAUACAAGGAUUGAUUUCCUCCAAACUUGCUUUGUUGGGAAGUUUGGGUGGCGGCCUUGGUGGUGGUGGUGGCGGUGCUAGUGCUAGUGCUGGUGCCAGCGCUGGUGGAUAUGGUGGCGGCCCAGGAGGCGGUGGUGGUGGUGGUGGCUAUGGAGGCGGUGGCCAUGGGGGCGCCGGCGGUUAUAGCGGCGGUGGCGGUCAUGGAGGUGGUGGCUAUGGAGGAGGUGGUGGUUAUGGUGGAGGCGGUGCUGCCAAAGUCUACAUUGUCCAAGUCCAAAGUUCCGGUGGUGGUGGCGGCUAUGGCGGUGGUGCUGGUGGCGGCUAUGGCGGUGGUGCCGGUGGCGGUGCUGGUGGCUGGAGCCAAGGUGGCGGUGGCGGCGGCUAUGGCGGUGGUGCCGGCGGUGGCGCUGGAGGCUGGAGCCAGGGUGGUCAGUCUUGCCAUUGUCGGGUGAAUCUUUCGAUGUUGGAAUCUUGUGUUGCCAAUUCCAUGUUCUUUGCCGCGGCGAAGUUUAUUAGCCUCAAUCCAUUUUCCGAAGUUUCUUCAGCUCUUCAGUGCUCCCCAAUUGCCGGCAGCAUUUUGACAACAGCCGCUUGCUAUGACCGCAAACCUCUUUUGUGA